UGUGAAGCAAGCGAGUGAGAUGGCACGAGUCCUCCGCAGAGAGCCGGCUGAGAUCCCCAUGGACUACGUAAAUCUACCUGACACAUCAGCCAGGAGACAUACAGAGACUGAAGAGUCUGGCGCUGCACCAGGAAGAAACCUGUACAGACUGGUUGCUGUUAGCUUUGGCAUCCUGUGUAUCCUACAAGUUGCUCUCAACGUUUCUCUGCGCCUUUCUCUCUACAGCCCUGGCAACCAGAGAGUGAUCGACAAUAUCAUUCUCACAAAUGUAACACAGGACUCACGCCAGCUAAGACAACUGACUGUGGAUCAGUAUCUUCAACAAGGGUGGCUACAUUUACGUCGUAGUCUUUAUUAUAUCUCUUCAAUCAGAAAAUCUUGGCAGGAGAGUCGAGAUUUCUGUCGGCAAAAAGGCGCGGACCUGGUGAUAAUCAACACCAAAGAGGAGCAGGAUUUCACAGCACAGUUUCACAGACUCACGUGGAUCGGACUGAGAUACAGCGGGGUGGAAUGGAAGUGGAGAUGGGUGGACGGGACUCCGCUAACUGAAAGCUACUGGGGCCCAAAUGAGCCCAACGGUUAUGAAGGCAAAACAGAGGAGUGUGUAGAGUUGCGGUUAUAUGACAAUAAAAACAGAUGGAACGACAUCCCAUGUGCGGAUCAAAACUUCUGGAUCUGUGAAAAAAGUGUUGCUCUAUAAAUGAUCAAAUUCAAUUCUGAAUGGCUGAAAUGCAUUCAAGUUUACUCUGAACUAAAAAAAAUGAAAUAUUUGUGAUGAUGGUUCAUAGUCUUGUUAAAAAAGAAAAAAUGAAAAGAUUUUUGAUUUAAAGCAUUUUCUUAAAAAUAUAUACUGUACUUGUUGUGUAUGUAUGUUGUGAUUUAAAACUACUAGAUAAAAGUCAGAUGACCAUGGAUGUUUGUACAACUGUCACUUCAGACUUGUUGUAGUAGCUGUAUUGAAAUGUUUAGUGGAAUGACAGUGACGAUCUAAUAAAAAAGUAAAAUCAAUAAAAAAAAUUAACACAAAAAAAAUGUCAGCAACUUAAAGUAGCUUGAGGCCGGAUUGUGGCAAGAUUUAUGAAAAAAAUCUGUAUACGUUUUAAGUUUUCUAGUAAUAAUGUCAGAUGAAGCGUUCCAAACCCAAAAGAAUGAUUCCUCUAGUGUAUCUCUCCGUUGCCUUGAACAGGCUGUGUGCUGCAAAAUGUGCUGCAAUUCGGUCCCGAAUUUCCCGCGCUGUCCUGCGGAUGUGACGUCACAUGACGCUGCAUGCAGGUUCUCCCCGUUCUCCCGUGCCGGCUUCACUGUUGGCUGCAGUACCCCCAACGGCCGUCGUGGUGAAGGGUGGCGCUAGAGAGUCUCAUUUCUUAAAAGGAGCCUCGAGCUCCUUUAACAUCAGUUACUUUACUCUUCAAAUGUGAGUCUGCACUGACUGUGAUUAUACUGUUAUAA